AUGGCUGUACUGUGCAGCUCUCAAGCAGUCAGUGAUGACACUAGUUCCACUGCACUUGUGCCUGUCCAAGACACAGCUACUGAUGCAGCUACCUCAUCCACCGAAGAAGCCACCACCAGCAUAUCUUGCUCCUCGCCAUCACUAGCUGCUCACCAGCCCUUAGGGUUAGCGAAUGACCAGGAGAGAAUGUUUGCUCAAGGAGAACAAGCGUUUAUUGCGGCCAGGCAGGCAGCAUCUGUUCCUUUUGUGCCUGCUGGCUGCCAGCUUCCUUACCACCCUGGAAUGAAUCCGUCUAUGUAUGCUGGCGCCGCCAUGGUCCAAGGAUUGGCCAGGCCGACCAUGAUGACCAGCUCCUCUGUGCACAUUGCUCAGCACCCAGGUGGGGCAACCAUCAUGCAGCACCAGAGUAUGAGCACUGGACUUGCCGGAGCCAUGUCACAAGCCACUGUCAUGCAACAACAGGCAAUGGCCAAUGGUGUCCAGUCAACAUCCCUCUUGCAGCGGACACUGACCAAUGGAGGUCAGACAAUGGUGGUCCAGCAGCGGACCAUGACCACAGGGCUGGAUGGUAUGACCCAGCAGACAAUGGUACAGCAGCAGAUGGCCGCACCAGGUAUGUCUCCGGCAGCCUUGUUCCAUGCCAAUGCCAUGAGGCAACGUAACAUGGCCACACAACAAGCUAGCAUGAUGCAGCAGAGGUCGAUCAGGUUAGUCCAGGCCGGUAUUAUGGGUAACCAAAUGCUACAUGCGCAGGCCAUGAGAGGUGCAGGUCUCAUGCCAGGAGGUCAAAUGGCCCCAACAACCCUGAUCCAACAUGGCAUGUUGAGGGGUGUCAGCCAGGGGACCAUGAUGCAGCAGUUGGUUCGGCAAAGGUACCUUGGUGGCCCUGUGAUGCCGGGAAGAGGGAUCCAGCUAAUGGCAGGACGUCCAAUCAGGGUAAAGAUGACCUACCCCAGAGAGAGCAUGCAGAUGGACACAUGA